GCCGACCCUCGGGAGUUCCCUCGGGGCAGUAUCUAAGCGAUGGGCAGUAUCUAAUAUGUCGUAGGUGCUGCCCCGACGUGCUGCAGCCGGCGGUCCCACACCAAAGGCUCUCCUCCCCCUCCUUCUGUAUGAGAAGAGAGAGCCUCCCCUGAGAGUCUGCGAGGUCACACACCAACAAGGAGCAUGGACGGCGACACGAAGCACGGUCCCGACCGGCUCGAGGACGACGACCCCCUCGCCGUGACCGCUAGCACCUCACCACCGGAGAAGGAAUGGGCCAUCGAUGCCGAGUCUAAAUGGUACCGCCGCUACUGGUUCGCGUCGGCCCCCGUUACGCUGGCUGCCGUCGCGCUCGCGCCGCUGAGGCUCGCCUUCUGCGGCGACGCGUCGACGGGCGCCAACGCGCUGGCCUGGGGCCUCGACGUGUUUGCGUGGUGCGACGUGGUGCUGCUCACGUUCGUCCGGGCGCCGGACGAGACGUUGCGAUGGCGCGGGCGGUUGGAGCGGGACUGGCUCGAGUACGUGGGCCGGGCGCCCGGUUUGAUCCCCUGGGACGCGUUCGCGCGCGGUCGCGGGCCGCUCAACGCCGGCCGCCUGCUCGGGCUGCUGCGCAUGCUCCGGUUCCGGCGGUGCUGGGCGGCGCUGAAGGAAUUCGGCACGCUCGUCUGGCUGCCGCACUGGGUGAGCGUCGUGACGGACUACCUGGUCUUCUACCUGCUGGCGGGCCACACCGAGGGAUGCUUGUUUUACCUGCUCGCACGGGGCCGGAACUUUGCGGACAACACCUGGGUCGCGCACCACGCGAUCAAUCUCGACGCCGAGCCGCUGCGGGCGCGCUACCUCAAGAGUCUGUCGUGGGCCUUUACGACGAUCUCGACGGUCGGCUACGGGGACGUCUACCCCGUCUCGCAGCCCGAGAUGAUCUUUACGAUCGUCGCGGUCGUGGCCAACCUGGGCCUGAUGUGCUACACCGUCGCGAGUAUCUCCACCAUGUUUCGGCGCGAGGAGGAGGUCGCCGCCUUCCGGCAAGAAGCAACCGAACUGACCAAGUACCUCCGGGCGAACGGCGUGGAGCCGACGGAGCGCAGAAAGCUCGUGGCCUACAAGGCGCGCGUCUUCCGGACGACCGCCACGACGCACGUUUUGGACGGCUUCCCGGCGGCGGUGCGGACGCGGGUGCUGUUCGAGGGGCGCUGGUCGCAGAUGCUCGCCACGACGCGCCUCUUCGUGGACGUGGCCUCGCGCGCGCGGCAGGAGGUGCUCGGGCGCGCGACGGAGGCGCUUUAUAUGGAGGGCAUGGUCAUCUGCGGCGCCGGCGCCGCUCCGACUGCUGCCUACUUACUCCACGCGGGCGCCGUGUCCGUUGUGGUCGGGGGCGAAGUCGUCGGCACGCUCAAGCCGGGCGCUCCUCUGUGUUGCGAGGCGUUCUUCGCCGGGGCGCUGCAGCGUUGGACGCUCGUCGCCGCGACGACCGUCUCGGUGGUGGCGUUGCCCGAGGGAGCGUUCCGCGACGAUCCCGCCGAUUUGACCAUAGUGCUCCGCAACUUGCGGCGAGACGCGAACGCCUUCGCUCACCACGCGCGUGGCCUCGGCGAGCUCAAGCGCGAGGACGACCCGGCGUACACGGCCGCAUUCGCGCGCAUCGAGCUCAGCCCGGCGUUCGCGGACGCCUGUGACGCUGCGGUCGACGAGCUCCGAGCGGCGGAGCAGCGCACCGAGGCCUCCCUGGCCGAAGUGCUCUGCGACUACUGCGCGCGCGGCGACGCGAAGCGCGCCGCGCGGCUGCUGGAACGGCUGCCUCGCGGCGGUCGCUACCGCGAUUUAGCCGACUACGACAAGCGCUCGCCCGCGCAUUUAGCGGCGGCCCACGGGCGGACGGAAAUCCUGCGGCUCCUGGACGAGUAUGGCCUCGCCCUCGACGGCGUCGAUAUCUUUGGUGGCACGCCGUUGUACGAUGCGGCGGUGAAGGCACACGACGCCGAAGCGGCCGUGGACUUUUUGAGGGAGCGCUGCGGGCCGCUCGUCGUGGCGGACCUCGCCGGGACGCUCUGUCGCUUCGCGUUCGACGCCAACGUGGCCGUCUUGCAGCGAUUGCUGCGGGCCGGGGCGGACCCGGACGCCGCGGACUACGACCAGCGGCGGGCGCUCCACAUCGCCGCCGCCGAGGGCCACGCAAAGACCUGCCGGCUCCUGCUCGACGCCGGCGCCCCGGUGGACUGCCGCGACCGCUGGGGCCAGACGCCUCUGAUCGAGGCCGUGGCGGCCAAGCACCUCGACUGCGUCGUAUUGCUCCUGGAGCGGGGCGCCGACGCGUCCGCCACGGACCGCGGCGGGCGGCGCGUCGCCCUGGCUGCAGUCGACGCGGAAUCGGACGACUGCCUGGCGGCCGUGGUCGCCGGCGGCGGCGCCGACGCGGGAGAUGACGUCGCGGGCGCGACGAGGCUGUGCGCGGCGGCUGCGGCGGGGGAUUUGACAUUGGUGGAGCGGCUCGUACGGGCGGGCGUCGCUGUCGACGCGUCCGACUACGACCGCCGCACUGCCCUACACCUUGCUGCCGCGGAAGGGCGCGUCGCGGUGGUCAUGAAAUUGUGCGAGCACGGCGCAGACAUCCAUUUCCGCGACCGCUGGGGCCACGACGCCAUCGACGCGGCGACCGGUGGCGGCCACGCGGACCUCGUCGCGCAGCUCCACCUGCUCGAGAAGCAUUGAUUUGUCCAUAGUGAACAUAGUAAGCCUGUUGUACAUUUA